AUGACUAAAUUAAUGAAGAUAGAUAGGAAUUUUCAGGGUGAUACACUUAAACAUCAACAUUCUAAUUAAUUUAAUGAUGAUAAAGCUUUUUUAUUCCUUUCAUUUCAAACAAAUGAUUUAUUGCACAGGAAAAAGAGGAAAUUUGGAUAAUUUAGAGAUAGCCAAUAUCUAUUAGAUAAGAUUCAUGAAUUAAAAUAAAAAAACAAAUAUUUAAGUCUAACAUUGUAUUUGGGAUUAAGAGAAGCCUUUAUGAUAUCAUUAAGAGAUUUAAGAGAUCAAUAAAUGAUAGACAUAUUGAACGAUGAAUUAGAAGAGAGUAGAAGGAAGAAUCAAAAUGAGUAUUAGGUCUUAGCUACUGUGUUCCAUGAUUUUAGAACUCCUAUGAAUGGUAUUUCAACCAUAGUGGUAGCGAUGGAAGAGAAAUUUGAGAUUGAUUUAUGA